AUGGCAGAGCACGCGGAACAUGACAUGGCAGAGCAAGCCGAGAUGCCACCCGAAUCCGAAGAGAUCACCAUAACCUUCACGCACCACGGCACAUCGCACUCCCUCGCCAUCUCCCCGGACGCCAGCAUCUCCGACCUCGCAUCCUCGAUCGAAUCCACGCUCUUCAUCCCCGUCGCCAACCAAAAACUCAUGGUCUCCAAGCUCGGGCUUCUCAAACCCCCUUUCUCCGUCGACCGUCCCGUCUCCGAGCUGCGCGACAAGAAGAUAACCCUCCUCGGCACAUCGAGCGCCGAGCUCGCGUCCCUCGCCUCGGCAGGCCAGCAAGCGGCGCGCCGAGAAGCGCACCUAGCCCAGGCUCGUCGCAGUCUGCCCCGCGCCUACUCGUCGACGCGGCCGACCUCGCAGCGCGCGCGCGACGAGAGCGAGUACACCUUCGGCACGAUCCGCCCGCUGCCGAACCUGCCGAACCCGCAGCGCUCGCAGCAGUUCCUCGAGCGGCUCGCGCGAGACCCGGGCAUCCGGGCCACCAUGGUGCGGCACAAGUUCAAGGUCGGCGUCUUGACGGAGAUGGACCCGCUCUCGUACACGGAGUCGAGCCACGAGGGCACGACGCGCAUUCUGGGUUUGAAUCGGAAUAAGGGGCAGGUUAUUGAGUUGCGCUUGCGCACCGAUGCGUAUGAUGGGUACCGCGACUACAAGACCAUCCGCCGGACGCUGUGCCAUGAGCUCACGCACAACGUGCACGGCGAUCACGAUCGCCAGUUUUGGGACUUGUGUCAUCAGAUUGAACGGGAGGUCGAGAAGGCGGAUUAUAUGAGCGGUGGGAGGAGCGUGGGAGGUGCGGAGUAUGCGGAGCCGAGAGAACGGGAAGAGGAGAUUGCGUAUGAUCACGGCGGGUGGACUGGAGGCGAAUUCGUGCUUGGGAGUGGGAACGGGGGUGGUAGGGGAGGGGCAGCACCUAUCGCGGAUCAGAGCGCGCUGAGUCGACGGGAGGCUAUGGCAAAAGCGGCGGAAGAACGUAUUAAGAAACAGAGGCAAGCCGAUGAGGAAACGAAGGGCGAGCAGUAG